GCGGAUUGAUAAUGAUGAAGAUGAAUCUUCCCACAUAAAGCGAGAGAAAACCCAUUUGGCGGAAGAGUUGGUUCUGAAUUCUGAAAGGGUUGCGAUUGAAAAAAAAGAGAGAUUGGCCAAUUGGGUUUGUUCGUUAAGAAAAAAGCAUCCACAUUUCUUACACCCUUUGCCUUUUUCUACAAUUCCUCCUCCACUAUUCACACCUUUUCUUUUCUCCCCACACUUUCUUCUUCCUCAUUCUUUUUCCAGGUUUUGUUUUGCAGGUCGCUCCAAUGGACAAAUCAUCACUUUCACUCAAGAAGAAACGUUCUAAGAAAUCCUCCAAGUCCAAGGCAAGCAGUAAAAUUAAGAAGAGUAGGAAGCAUAAAUCUAAGAAAGUUCGACGCCGUGAGGUCUCUCUUUCUAGUUCUGACUAUGAUGAUUCUAAAAGUUUGGACACAUCGGCUUCCACAAGUUCUGGAGAUAGUUACAGAAGAAGAAGGGAUAGGUCUCGCACGAGAAAAGAUGGGAAAACUCGUAAGAGGAAGGGUCGGGGACGAUCUUAUAGCCGAGACAGCAGUGAGGACUCUCAUCAUGCUAGGAAGAGAAAAAAGGCAAAGAUGAAGAAUGAGCAUGAUGUGGUGAGGAAGAAACCCCUUAAGAAGAAAAAGAUUAGGAGAGAAGCAAGUGUUGAUUCAUUUAGCAGCAGAUCACGGAGCUGCUCUACAUGUCAGGAUGAGAGUGCUAGCAGAGAUGACAGUCAAUAUAAGAGCCGCAGGGGAAGAUCGGAAAGAAAAGAGAAAGACACAAGAAGAUCAAGAAGAAGUGGAAGUAAAAAGAGUAGUAGAUACAGGGCCAGAAGUUGUUCUUCCUGCAGUCCCUAUAGUGAAAAUAGUUAUGAAGUGACUGAGGAGAAAUAUCUAGGCGAGAAAAAUUCCAGGUGGCUCCGAUCUGUUAUUACCGUUACAAAAGAGGCAGAAGAAUAUGGGGAAUUUUGUACAAAUGAAACCAAGGAGGAGAUUGUUGAUGAUCACGAUUACCCUUGUAGAAGUAAUGACAGUAAUGAUGGGGGCAUGAAGAGAGAGUUGGAUCAUCAUACACUUACAUCAGAAGAGAAAUUGAGAGUUGAGGAUGAGGUAGUAGAUAUGAACACUGAUCUCAACUUCCCAGAGCCCAAACUUAGAGAUACGAGCUACAAUGACAGCAACAACCUUAAAGCUUAUAAUGCUGGGACAAGUGAAUCUACGAGGGAAACAAGCGAGACAUUUGGCGCUAAUGUGAGUGAUAUUGACUUGGAGUUAAUUCUAAGGCAAAGAGCAUUGGAAAACCUUAGAAAGUUUCGAGGUGAGAUUCAGUCUAGUGCAAAUGCUCCCGAUCAGAAAAAUAAAAUUGUUAGCCAGGUGGAGCAUCCAAUUACUGAUACACAUGAAUUGGUUCAAGGUAAGUCUGUUGUCAAUGAUGCAGUUGUAGGAACAAAAUUUGAUAAGCGGACCACUGGAGAAGAAACUAAUUUGCCUGUUGGGAGAAGUUUAAUUGCCUGUCCAAGAAACAACGAAAAUAUUUUAAAUAUGGAUAAGGAAAUAUCUGGUUCCUCUAAGCCUCAUUUGGCAUGUGCACGAGACAACCCUAGUGGAACAGUUACUGAAUCCACUAUUUUCAACACAGCCAAUUUAGAAUUGAUCAAACAAACACAAAGAUCUUGCCAUGAUUCACUUAUAACAUCUGCUUCACAUGAAUCCACCAAUUCAAAGUUCCCGGUGACAGAGGGUGAUGUAGAAAGGAAUGCAGCUAUGACUACUGAAGCUGCAAUCCAGAGUAUUAAUGACAAUGGUAGAGAUGGUAAUGUUUCAUCAGUAGAGAAUACAUCAGGUAAAUUGCAAGAUGAAUCCAACCAGGGUUCCCAGUUUGAGCAGAAAACAAUGACUGUGAUGCGGGGUGGUGAAAUGGUACAGGUUAGCUACAAGGUCUAUAUCCCUAAGAAAGUCCCUGCUUUGGCUAGAAGGCAACUUAAGCGAUGAUCUUCUGUCUGCUUUUCUGGUGAAGACAGGGCUUUUGUUGUGUUCAUCUUGUUUGACACGUGAAAAGGGUAGAGACAUAUGCAAGAAAGUAUAGAAAUGAAGAGAUUUGCUAUGGACUCAUCCGUAUAUGAACUAUAAGAACCAUCAAUUUCUCUUUUUAGUUAUAUUUUUGGUAACAUUUGUGUUGGUAGGUUAUCUGAAUGUGAUCUGUCACAAUAAUAUUAAUGCAAUGCAACCAUUGCAACAUAAAGAAGACCUUUAGUAUUUCUUUUUGGUGGAAAAUGAAAGACCUUA